AUGACAGGUGAUCAGACYAUUGACAUGAAGAAAGAGGAGAAAAGUGAGUGUGUGUCCCUGUCUGCGAUGGGGGACUGUAUACCUUCCCCCCCAGAGUGUGAGAGGGUGUGUGUGUUUGGGACGGGUGACCUGGGGUGCUCUCUGGGCUUGCGUCUGCUGCAGGCAGGGCACGGGGGGGUGUUCGGCAGCCGGCGGCCCAAAAGCUGCAGUCUCCUGCCCCACGGAGCUCAGGUUCAGGGCCAUGCUGCAGCUGCUCAGUCAGCCCAUCUGAUCUUCAUCGCUGUCCAGAGAGAACACUAUGACUUCCUGGUACCACUGGCCAAUCAGCUUAAGAGGAUAGUGUUGGUGGAUGUCAGUAACAACCUGAGGAAGAAUCAGUACCCAGACCCAGAGGCCAACUCGCGAGAUAAUACUGUAUCUUUAAUAAAAGCCAAUAAGACCACUCCAUUUGACUUUGACAACGCAAAGGCCUGGGGCACAGACUCCUAUGUCCUGGGGAUCCUGGGCUUCUGUCUCUACGUCCUGCUGGGGAUCACCUCCCUGCCCUCUGUAGGAACAGCUCUCAGCUGGAGGGAGUUCAGCUUCGUACAGUCCAAGCUGGGCCACCUGACUCUGCUGUUGUGUACAGCCCAUGGCUUCCUGUAUGGCUGGAACAAGUUCCUGCGUUCUUCCACCUACAAGUGGUACACCRCACCAGGCUACAUGCUGUGUCUGGUGCUUCCCUCUGUGGUGCUGCUGCUCAAGCUGCUGCUCAUCACCCCCUGGGUGGACCACACCAUCAGCCAGGGCUGGGAGAGGGGCGUGGCAGAGGGGCAGGAGACAAAAAUCAGCCAACUCUGA